CUUCCGUCUGUCGAAGAGAGCGGACGUGGUCAUCAUGUGCUCCGAUGGGGCGGUGUUUGCGGCAAUGAAUAGCCGCGGUAACAGGAAUGCGACGCCUGCUGAACGUGAAGAUUAUGAGGUCAUCUUGCCUACAUUGCCUACAGGUCGUACAGUUUUGAAUACCAUAUUUUUACAUGCCGAUAUUCGGGCCAGGCCUUAUCGAGUUGAAGACUUCAGGGAUACGUUGGACCGUCUGGCAUUGCUCCCUGAGGUGCUAGCCUUGGGGGCGUACCAGAUGAGUCACGUAUGGGCCGUCACCUUCAAGAAUGCGGAAGGCGUGAAGAAGGCUCUGACCAUCGGUGAAAUGAAGGUGAAGGGUCGCCGCUGUGUUGUAGUUGACCCGGCGAACCAAGCCCUGUGCCUGAAGUUGCACUGGCUGCUUUUCAAUGUUCCCGAUGAAGAUGUACGUGCUGCACUAGCCAUGUUCGGGACGGUAACAGAUGUCGUGAAAGAAAAGUGGCGUGUGAAUGGCAUCCACGAGAAAAGUACGACGACGCGGAUGGUGAGCAUUAAGCUCCAUCCAGGUGUCAAGGUUGACGACCUCCCACACCAGCUUCGUGUUGGUGGGGAACUGGCGCUGCUAAUUGCGCCAGGAAGAGCACCAGUGUGUUUGCGCUGUCACACCGCGGGACAUAUACGACGCGACUGCCGUGUCCCUCGAUGUGCUCGGUGCCGUCGUUUUGGGCAUGACGAGAGUUCGUGUGUGAAGACGUACGCAAGUGUAACAGGACCAGUUGGAAAAACUGACGCAGCAGAGCUCGUCAUGGAUGAAGCCGACGCGGAAGAAGCUGCAGGAACGUCGAGUCAAGUGACACAAAAGGAGAUACGACCAGCAGACAUGCCCUCCUAUCCGCAAGAAAAUGAACAGCAAGGAGACCAUAGCCUUGUAGAAAAGCCCGACGUGAGGGAAGUGCCUGAAAAGACAAGUGUGGGCGCAGAACACGGUGAACCUUCAAAGGAUCCAGCGAGCCAACACAUGGAAAGCAUGGACGUCACGGUACAAUCCACCGGAGGCGCAGUCUGCAAACGGGGACGCGAAGCCACAACGGACGAGGCGGACAGACAAGACGUCGUUGGAUCUGUGGAACCACCAACGAAAACGGUGGUGACUCGACGCGCGUCAUUGAAACCCAAGCCCAACGUUCCACCAAACAGAAAAGCGGUGUUGAAACUGUCAACGUAG